GUGUUACUCCUACCAGGCAGUGAUGGGAUCGUCCAGUAGGUGGCUGGCAUUCCCCGGCGCUGCUCCCGCGGAAUGAGUGCGCUCGUGUCAGCCAGCCCGCUCUCAUCAUGGGAAGCCGGGGGGGAAUUGACGUCCGGAAGAUCCUGCCUAUAGGGUCGGAGCCGUCGGAGGAGAGGUGCUUUUCCCUCACUUUAAAUCCGGCUGUGGAGUGCAAGAACUGAGAGCUGCAAGAGUCGGGGAAUGCAGCGUGACGGCUGCUACCAAAAGUUCUCGCUGGUUGUAAUUUCUUAUUUCAGACUCUGCUCUGCUCGGCAGAGCUGAAGCUGGGAAUUUAGCUAGCCUUCUUGUUGAAAAUGCCUCCCACUGACUGGUCUUUGGGUGUGAUAACCAGCCUGCCGGAGCUGAGGAACAGCUAACAGUGAGGCACGGCAAUGAGGAAAAAGCAAGUUCCAGGAUUCAGACUCUGCUAGUAGAUGUUCUCCUUUCAGUUUACAGAAACAGUACUGUUGAGCAAUGUGUGGAGGUUUUUUGUUCUAUUAUUUUUUAUACGUGUCACAAGGUGAUAUGACUUUUAAACUCUUACGACUGUUUAAAGCAACCAAGCAGCGGCAAAAUUAAAGGAAAAAAAAUUUUUUUUGAGGAUUUUCAAAGAAAGUCGUCUUCCGAAAAGAGGAAAGUAGGGCAAUGGCAUCUGGAGAGUGCCUGCUGCUGGAUCUGGAAACUGAUAACUUCAUCCUCUACAACAUCUCUGCCAACCAGAGCGCAAAUGUCUCCGUCCUCAGUGACGAGUGGUUCUACCCAGCCUUCCUCUACGCCAUCCCCACCAUUUACGGGAUCAUCAUUUUGAUAGGCCUUAUCGGUAACAUCACUUUGAUUAAGAUCUUCUGUACUGUGAAAUCCAUGAGAAACGUCCCCAAUUUGUUCAUCUCCAGCCUGGCUCUGGGAGACUUGUUGCUGUUAGUGACCUGUGUGCCUGUGGAUGCCAGCAGGUACCUUGCUGAUGAGUGGCUAUUUGGCAGGAUCGGAUGUAAGCUUAUUCCCUUCAUACAGCUCACUUCUGUAGGGGUGUCGGUCUUCACUCUCACUGCUCUCUCAGCUGACAGGUAUAAAGCUAUAGUAAGACCAAUGGAAAUCCAAGCAUCCCAUGCACUGAUGAAAAUUUGUGUGAGAGCUGCUGUAAUCUGGAUUGCAUCCAUGCUACUUGCCAUUCCUGAAGCAGUGUUUUCAGAUUUACACCCUUUCCAUGACAAAGGGACUAAUAAAACUUUCAUCAGCUGUGCUCCUUACCCACAUUCUGAUGGGCUGCAUCCCAAAAUCCACUCAAUGGCAUCAUUUCUGAUCUUUUACAUCAUUCCUCUGUCUGUCAUUUCAGUAUAUUAUUAUUUCAUUGCUAAGAACUUGAUCCGGAGUGCUUACAACAUCCCUGUGGAAGGAAAUGUGCACGUAAGGAAACAGAUUGAAUCUCGUAAACGCCUGGCCAGGACAGUGCUGGUCUUUGUGUGCCUCUUUGCCUUCUGCUGGCUUCCCACUCAUAUCAUCUAUUUAUACCGGUCCUAUCACUACUCAGAGGUGGACACCUCAGUGCUGCAUUUUGUUGCCAGCAUCUGUGCUCGGAUCCUGGCAUUCACUAACUCUUGCGUCAACCCAUUUGCACUCUACUUGCUCAGCAAGAGCUUUCGGAAACAGUUCAACAACCAGCUAUUCUGCUGCAGAGCUCGCCUCCUCAUCCGCUCCCAGAGCAUGGCCAGGAGCACCACACGAAUGACCUCCCUCAAGAGCACCAACCACUCUUUGGCCACCUUCAGCCUUAUCAAUGGCAACCACGUCUGCCAUGAAGGCUAUGUCUGAAACACAGAGUCAGGGGCAGCUGCAUGGCAUGCCUAGUGUAGCUGCUUAGUUCCACUCUGCGGGGAUAAUGAGUAGUGCUGAUAUCCGUGUGUGCAUGCCUGUGUACAAGGAAGUCUGAUGCACUCAGAGAACUCAGGGGAGCUGGAAGCUCAUCCUGGGCUGCAGCAUGUCUGGAGCAGCAAGUCAUUAGCACCUGCCCGCAAGAGUUUUUUGGACGGGCUGUGUAGCUUCAAGACCUGAUGCUUUUAACAGGAGUAAAGUGAGGGUCUCAGGAUCAGAUCUAGUUUGCUUCUGACAGUUCUUCAGCUCCUGCUACUCAACACCAAACUCAGACAUAUUUACAGCAGUGACAAAGACCAUACCAGUCCACAGAAUUCAUCAGAACAGUUGCAUCCAGCAGUUCUUGGCAGGACAUUUUUUGACACCAAAAUAAAUCUUUUUAACUAAGGUAAACACUUUUACAAAGGAGUUCAUUGUAGGUCAUUUACAGACUUUUCAAGUAUUUAUUAAUAUUAAGAGUACAGUAUUAAUGGUGUGAAAGAUAUUAAGAGUUUACUGGGGUAUGUUGGUAGCCCCACCUGAAAUGAGCAUUGUCUUGCACCACGUCAAUGUGAAAGCAGUAAUGUGAAUAAAUGUGAGUUGGAAUA